UAUUUUGAAGUGUUUGCGGUGUUGGAUUCAGAUUGAAAAGCGUUUCUCCUUUCAUUUCUAGUGUGUUUUUCGUACGGUAGACGUGUAAGCCUUAGGAGUAAAAUCACCGAAUUGUGCAUUUCUUGAGAUUAUUACGCUGUGUUCACACUAGUUAAUCGCACAAAAUGACUAAAUUGUACGCUGCAGCUUUAAUCAGCAUAUUUGCUUUGAGUUUCCUGGUGCAGGCAAAUGAGGAGAAUUCAGCUCGUUUAUUGGUUUCGAAACAAAUUUUGAAUAAAUAUCUGGUAGAAAACCGAGACAUCGUAGUCAAGUACACCCUCUACAAUGUUGGUUCUGGAGCGGCGGUGAAUGUUCAGCUAGUGGAUAAUGGAUUCCAUCCAGAAGCAUUCGCAGUUAUUGGAGGUCAGCUGACGGCGACAAUCGAUCGGAUUGCCCCUCAAACGAAUGUCACUCACAUUGCCGUAGUGCGACCAAAGGCCUAUGGCUACUUUAACUUUACCGCCGCUGAGGUAAAUUACCAGCCCACAGACGAGGCCACCAAUCUGCAGUUCGCUGUCAGCUCUGAACCCGGCGAGGGUGCCAUCGUGGCCGAAGCUCAAUUCAACAAACAAUUUUCGUCGCACUAUUUAGACUGGUUCGCGUUUGCCAUUAUGACUCUACCAUCUUUGGCGAUCCCGUACGCGCUGUGGUAUAGUUCUAAGACGAAAUAUGAGCUAUUGGCCAAGCCCACAAAGAAAGCUAACUAAACACACGGUAGUUUGUAGCAGCUGUUUACUAUCUCGGAGCAGAUUUUUACUGCUUGGCUUUGUGCUACACAAGGAGAGCGGUCAAGUUCUCUUAAAAAGACUAAUUAAAUUCAUAGUAGGGACGCAUUUUUGUUCAGUUUUCAUCGUCAAUACGAGUAGAGCAUUUUUCACCAGUCGAAAACUUGCUUUCGCAAGUGAUAUUGUUUCGUCUUGUCGGAGCGGUAAAUAAAAUAGAGGAAAAAAGUUAAA